AUGCCUUCUACACUCAUAGUGGGUGCCACACGUGGCCUUGGGAAGGCUCUGGUGACAUACUAUGCCGAGCGCCUUUCGUACACGGUGUACGCGACGUCUCGGUCAUCCGAUGUAUCUCCCAGCCUGAAAGCCGACAAUGUUUCCUGGCUGACCGGCAUCGACCUGUCGAAACCAAGCUGUGGGAAGGACCUCGCAAGUUCGCUGAAAGGCAAGACAAUUGACACCUGUAUCGUCACCGCCGGAUAUUUUGUGACCGAGGACUUUGGCGAGGCCAAAUGGGACGAGGAAAUCAAAAUGUACACGCUCUCUUCGGUCGCGCCGGUCUUUGUCGUCCAAGAGUUAGUCAAGGCCUCCAUCUUGUCCAAGGGUAGCAAAGUUGUGCUUGUAUCGUCAGAAUCUGGUUCAAUUACACUGAGGCAUGAGCAGGAGGGAGGUGGUAAUUAUGGACAUCAUGGUUCUAAAGCUGCUCUGAACAUGGUGGCCAAGCAAUUGUCGUUUGAUUUGAAAGAUGAAGGUGUCGCUGUGGUCUCGGUACAUCCUAGCUUCAUGAGGACCGAAAUGACCAAAGGUGUCGGGUUCGACAAAUUCUGGGACGCUGGAGGUGCGCUCAAACCCGAAGAAGCUGCCCGAAUCUUGGGCGAAUGGGUUGAGAAAGAGUUUUCGCUAGAUAAGACAGGGACAUACUGGGCCCCUAGGGGAACUCAGGACAUUGGGAACUGGGAUGUCGUGAUGGGAAAGGAGACGGCCAAAGACGGGCCUGUCCAGCUUCCAUGGUAA